AGGCUGCUGCAGAUCCAAUGUCGUCCUCUGAUGCACCAGAAGAUGGCCCAAAGGAAACAUCAAGUGUAUCACAGAAUAUCUUGUAAACCUUUUCUAAGUAUUCUUUGCUUCUCUGUCCACCUCACCUGCCACACAGCUUCUCUCUUUCCCUUACUGAACUGCGUGGACAGCCUGUCCCAGUGUCCACAGGGUAGGAUACCUGGACUGAGACCCAUGCUUGGAGGCAGCCUCUCCAGUGAUGGCACUCUCAAUGAUGUAGCUUCAGAAUUGAAUCUGAUGCAGAUGCAUUUAAAAUUCUCCUGGAGAUGAAGUUGAAGAAGAGGCAGAAAAGGCCUGCUUUACCAAGCACUGUGACUGAGCUUGACACUGAGGAUGGUUCUAAAGUGUAUGUGGUCGGAACAGCUCACUUCAGUGACAGCAGCAAAAAGGAUGUAGUAAAGACGAUACAAGAAGUGCAGCCUGAUGUAGUUGUGGUGGAACUGUGCCAGUACAGAGUUUCUAUGUUAAAGAUGGAUGAAAAGACAUUAUUAAAAGAAGCCAAAGAAAUAAAUCUGGAAAAACUUCAACAAGCUAUAAAGCAGAACGGAGUCAUGUCUGGAUUGAUGCAAAUGCUGCUUCUGAAGGUUUCUGCUCACAUCACGGAACAGCUGGGAAUGGCCCCAGGAGGAGAAUUCAGGGAGGCUUUCAAAGAGGCCAGUAAAGUACCUUUCUGUAAAUUCCACCUCGGUGAUCGACCCAUCCCUGUAACAUUUAAGAGAGCAAUUGCUGCACUUUCCUUCUGGCAAAAAGUCAAGCUUGCUUGGGGCCUUUGCUUCUUAUCUGACCCCAUCAGUAAAGAUGAUGUGGAGAAGUGCAAACAGAAGGAUUUACUGGAACAGAUGAUGGCAGAAAUGAUUGGAGAAUUCCCUGAUCUUCAUCGAACUAUUGUCUCCGAACGAGAUAUUUACUUGACCUACAUGCUGAAGCAAGCAGCAAAGCAGAUAGAACUACCUCGAGCUUCAGAAAAUGAACCUAGAAAAUAUAUCCCAGCUGUUGUAGUUGGUGUUGUUGGCAUGGGUCAUGUACCUGGAAUUGAAAAGAACUGGAAUUCCGACUUAAAGAUCCAGGAAAUAAUGAGUGUGCCUCCUCCAUCACCUUCAAGUAAGAUUUUCAAAUUCGUUUUAAAAGCAACAGUUUUUGGACUGCUGGGAUACGGCUGCUACCGAAUAGGUCACAGGACAGUUCAGUUUGUUCUUUCAAUGCCAGCAACACAGAGCUAUCUUCAGAGGCUGUCAGAGGUGCCUCAGCAGUGAAUCGAGUAGAGGCUGUGUGAAGAAGGUGGCUGAAGAAAGGCUGAUAGAGGCAAUGCGUGAACUGGACUGAAGGAUGAGGAUUCUAGUCAGAGCUGAUUGAUGCUAAGCUACACUCAAUCACUAUGUAAUAAAAGAUUUGAUACUAAAGUUACACCAGCUAUGAUCUAAUUAAUAGUUUUGAUUCUUGAUAGGUGUGCUGCAUGAAACCAGAUGAUUCCAGAUUGAGGUAAAGAAAUGUGUAUGCAAAUAUAUAUAUAUAAUGUAUGCAUACUGUAUACACGUAUACUAUAUAUAUGCAUUAUAUAUAUAUAUAUAACUGAUGAUGUAGUAAAGGCAGCUUAAAGGGUGUGUUCAUGGCUUCUUUUCCAGAGGAAAGAACAACACAAAAUAACCUAAUUGGCUGCAUCUCCUCUGAAGUUCAGGGACACUUGAGUGAGUCUUUGCUUUUUUUCUUAGGCAUAAUACCAAGUGUUUGUUCCUGGUGCCAGACACUUUUACACAUAAUUUAAAAGGACAUCUUCUCAAUGUGUAUUUUAUACCUAAAACAUUUAGGCUUUUUUUAAACUUAAGAGCUUUCCAGAAAUUUCAGAAUUGUACAGGCUGUCAUACGUACACGGCUCAAAUUUUUUACAAGCCUUAUUGAAGAACAGGAAUGUUGCCUUUAGAUUGCAUCCCUUGUUACCACCACCAGUUGAAUUGUCUUUCUCCUGCAUAGAGAAGGUACAGCCACCCCAUCAGAAUGCAAUGUGGUUUGUGUCAGAUGUUUACAGGACACUGUUCCUUUAGAUUAGCUUAUUUAAACUGUAUUAUUUAGCCAAAUCCUGCUGGUUUCAGUAUUGUAAAUUUAAGAGACUAGAACUACUGUACAAUUCACUUUCUUUACUCAGACCUUUCAUAUUUGGCAUAAAAAGCCUGGAAUUAACCUGCCCCUUGGUUUUGCUACAUGAAAAUAUUUUAUUUAUCAAUGUAAUUUCCCAGUGGAUUAAUAUUUUAAUCUAUUUAAUAGGAAAACAGUGUUCAGUUUAGUUUUUCAACCAACUGUAGCAUUUUAUUUGGAUUAACUGCUAUUUAUACACAGAAUUAUGGGUACUACAGACUGCUGUUUCUUUUUUUAUUAUCUGGAACACUCAUCCAUCAUCAAUGUAUUUCUUUUUUUUAAUCCUAGGUUCAUAUUUCAUUGAAAUUUUUUGGUACCUUCCCUUUUUACAGGAUUGUCAGUGAUUGUAAAAUGCCCUUGGCAAUCAGCUAGUCCUAGUUCAACAACACAGAUAACAUUGUCAUAUCAAAGUUAACCCAAUGUAUUUGAAUGGAAGAGUCCCAUUUGCUCCUCAGGCUCAUAAACAGUUGCUCAUUGUUUUUAAAGUGAGGUUUUUAUCUGUAUUAAUUUCUUUUGGGAAUGAAAGAUGGGAACCAGUAUGUGAGGCAGGAGGAGGAAAAGGUGAUGUUGUGUUUUGUGUUUCUUUGUGUUUUUUCAGUUGGUUCAAUAAAAUCCAGAAACCACUUUUAA